AGUCGCAUGCAGCUCGCCGGAAAACGGUGCUCUCGGAAACGCAGAUAGCGCGCGGGGAGAAAGAAAAAUUUUUAAACUCCAAUUCGUCACGGGCCAUUGUCUAUCUGUCUCUGUCUUGCUCCAAGCCGAGUCGGGCGGGCGGUCUGUUGGUCGUCACGUAUACACCUCUACUCCUACUUCGAGAGAGAGAGAGAGAGAGAGAGAGAGAGAGAGAGAGAGAGAGAGAGAGAGAGAGACGAAGAUGCCGUAUAGAAAACGAGGAUUCGUGGCGGAGUGAUUUUCAGUGCGUCGACGGAGCUCGCGCGCAACGGAUUAUGCACGGAGCGCAGGUUUUCUCGAUCGACGCUGUGUUGUUGUGCGCUGUAAAGUAGAGCCUCGCGUGCUUGCAGUGCAAAUCGCGCACGACUGUGAGAACGGUUUCGCGUUGCGAAUUUGAGUUUUAAACCGUCUGGGAUCGGAAUAAAAAUCCUCCGAGGAAAAAAGCCGAUUUCCCGAAACCCACGGAGAUGCAGAGAUUGGUGGGACGACCGAUCGCCUAUAUCCCUAAAUAGUAAUCGAUGUCGUCAGUCCGCGCGCAAGAGACCUAAUUAUGUAGACAGAUCACGCGCCCGCGUCUACACUCCGGAAGCGCAGCCGCUGCGGGGAGAAAGAGAGUCUUUUUUCGAGGAGAGAGCGGCCGGGUGAACGAGGAUUCUCUCGCUCCACGGUACACAUACCUAUCUCGCAGCGCGGGCGUUUGCGCUCGGCAGCCGUAGAAAGAGGAGCGAAGGCUUUGUGGAAGGAAGUGCCGACGACGCGAGGAGUGUAAUCGGAAUAAGACUGAGACUUGUUCAAGCCAAAGCCUCGCCAUGUUGAGCCUGAUAAAGGACUGCCUCUGGGAGCCUCUGCCCAUAGUGCUGAUAAUGCUGGGCUACGCGCUCUACGCCUUCCUGACCUCGACGUUCGACUAUUGGCUGGUCCGCGGGGUGCCUUAUCGCAAGCCGACUCCGCUGCUGGGAAACUUCGGCGACCUGCUGCUCUUCCGCAAGUCCCAGCCCGAGGGCAUCAGCGAGAUGUACAACUGGUUCGGCAACGAGCGCUUCUUCGGCGUCUUCCGCGUGCGCUCGCCGAUCCUCAUCGUCAGGGAUCCCGAGCUCAUCAAGUGCGUCUGCGUCAAGGACUUCCACGUGUUCUGCAAUCGGGGCAUACCUGUGAACAGUACAAAGGACCCCUUGUCCGGGCAUCUGUUUAAUUUGGAAGGAAAGCACUGGAAGAGCCUGCGCUCCAAGCUUACACCAGCCUUUUCCUCGGGCAAGCUGAAGAACAUGUUCUACCUGCUGGUGGAAUGUUCGGACGAUCUAACGCGGCUGGUGGAACGUCGUCUCGAGAUGCUCGAGAACAGCAGCAGCAGCAGCAGCAGCAGUUUCCCGGACGCGUCGAUCGUCGAGGUGCGUGAGCUGGCUGCAAAUUUCACGAUCGACGUGAUCGGCAGCUGCGCCUUCGGCAUACAGAUAAACGCCCUCAGCGACGAGGACUCGGAGUUCCGCAAGGCGGCCAGGAGGCUCUCCAAGCCCAGCUACAAGGCCACCCUCUGGCGCAUGCUCAGGACCUCGAUGCCCAAGCUCUAUAAGCUGCUGGGGGUCCAGGUGAUAGAUCCGUCGGUAACGAAAUUCUUCAUGGACGUCGUUUCGCAAAUGGUGAAGGAGAGGGAGAACAAGGCUUUGAAGAGACACGACUUUAUGGAUCUUCUGAUUGAAUUGAAAAACAGAGGGACUCUUGAGCUUGACAAUGGUAAUGGGCUGCGAGCCCACAACGACGAGGAGGUUCCAGUCGCCGAGGAAAUAGUUCUCGACGAGAACACAAUAGCGGCGCAGGCCUUUGUCUUCUUCGUGGCUGGCUACGAGACGUCGUCGAAUACGAUAGCCUUCUGCCUCUACGAGCUCGCAGUGAAUCCCGAAAUCCAAGAAAAAGCUAGACGCGACAUAAUCGACGCGCUCGACAAGCGCGAUAGCAAGUUGACGUACGACGCCGUGCAAGACAUGAAGUACUUGGACAUGGUCAUACUGGAAACGUUGAGGAAGUAUCCACCAGCGCCGUUGCUCUCGCGACGAUGCGAGUAUCCGUACAAGCUGCCGGGCAGUGACGUCGAGCUUUCCAAGGGUAUGCGAGUCGUCAUACCGAUUUACGCGAUACACCAUGACCCGAAGCACUAUCCCGAGCCGGACAAGUUCAGGCCCGAGAGAUUCGGCGACGAGGAGAAGAGGGCCAGGCAUCCCUACACUUUCUUGCCGUUCGGCGAAGGACCCCGCAACUGCAUAGGUACGAGAUUCGCACUAUUGCAGACCAAAGUCGGAGUGAUCACCUUCCUGAGGAAGUAUCAAGUGGAGGUAUGCGAGAAAACGGACAUUCCGAUAAAGUUCAGCAGACGGAGUCUGGUUACCGCCAGCGAAACCGGGGUGAGCCUGAAUAUCUCAAGACUGUCGGAAUGAUGGAGUGGAAGCAACUUAUUACGCACUGAUACGCGCGUUGUACUUAUAUAAUUUAUUAUAUUUCACGGAACCUAACUUAACUGGAAACAAUUCUCUUAAAUCGAAAUUUUGUACUGUGUGUAUAGGAUUAUCUAUAUUUACAAGAUUUUGUGUCGACUGUAAAGACUGCGUUCACGAUGCGAACUAUUUUUUCAAAUAUAUGUUUUGCUCAAAAUAA